CAGCAGGAGGAGGAUCAGUCCGCAGGUCACCAUCUCCUCCUCCUCCUCUUCACUAACACUGACUCUCUCGGCUCGGCUCGGCUCGGCUCGCUUCCAUCUGGACCAGGACGCAUACACACUCACCAGGACCAGGACCAGGACCAGGACCAGGUGACCCGGAGACCCGGAGACCCGGAGACCCGGAGACCCGGAGCGGGACCUGCAGGAUCCGUGAUCCGGCUGCGGGUCCGUCAUGCUGGGCACCGUGAAGAUGGAAGGACACGAGGCUCCGGACUGGAGCGGAUACUACAGCGAGGAGGUCUACUCUCCCAUGGCGGGAGGAGGGAUGGGUUCUGGUCUCGGGAUGGGCUCCAUGUCGGGCUACAUGUCCAGCAGCGGGACCACGUCGGGCUCCUUCAAUAUGUCCUACAGCGGCACCGGUCUGAGCCCCGGCCCGGUCGGAGGGAUGGGCGGCUCGGCUCCGGCAGCCAUGUCGGGUCUGGGCGGGGGCGUGGCCUCCAUGGGGGGCGCCCUGAGUCCGUCCGGUAUGAGCUCGGUGUCGGCCCAGCAGGCCUCCAUGGGCCUGAACCCGUACGGGGCCAUGAGUCCCACCAUGAGCCCCGGCAUGGCCUACGGGGGCGGCGCCGGUCUGAACCGGGCCCGAGACAACAAGGCGUUCAGGCGGAGCUACCCCCACGCCAAGCCCCCCUACUCCUACAUCUCCCUCAUCACCAUGGCGAUCCAGCAGGCCCCCAGCAAGAUGCUGACCCUGAGCGAGAUCUACCAGUGGAUCAUGGACCUGUUCCCGUACUACCGGCAGAACCAGCAGCGCUGGCAGAACUCCAUCCGCCACUCGCUGUCCUUCAACGACUGCUUCGUCAAAGUGUCCCGGUCCCCGGACAAACCGGGGAAGGGGUCCUACUGGACCCUGCACCCGGACUCCGGGAACAUGUUCGAGAACGGCUGCUACCUGCGGCGCCAGAAGAGGUUCAAGUGCGAGAAGAAGAUGUCGGGGAAGUCGGACGGGCGCAAGGAGCCGGGGGGAGGCGGGGCGGCGUCUCCUGGGGGGGACUCCGUCAAACCCCCGGGACUCCUGGACUCCUCCCUGCCCUCCUCCAGCCAGGCCUCGCCCCACGGACUGGACCUGAGGGGCGCCGGGGGGCCGUCGGACCUGAAGGCGUCCGGCCCCCAGCUCCUGUCCUCCCUGUCCCUGCCCCCCCACUCCAUGGCCCACGAGUCCCAGCUCCACAUCAAGGGGGACCCCCACUACUCCUUCAACCACCCGUUCUCCAUCAACAACCUCAUGUCGUCCUCGGAGCAGCAGCACAAACUGGACCUGAAGGCCUACGAGGCGCUGCAGUACUCCUCCUACAACACCGGGCCGCCCUCCGGCCUGGGGGGGAGGUCCAUGGAGCCGCUGGACGCCUCCUACUACCAGGGGGUGUACCCCAGACCGCUCCUCAACACCUCCUAGUAGCCGCUGGACUCCCUGUGUGGACUCUCUGCAUGCAGCCGACCCGCCGAGAACCGGACUCACAACUCCUGCACUGUGACCCGACCAGCUGAUUAAACUGACCCCAGGUCUGUGCCUGUCUCCUUUUACACACGAGUCACCAACAGGUCCAGGUCCAAGUCCAGGUCCAGGUCCAGGACCGGGUCCAGG